AUGGACUCAGGCGCAUCUCAACACAUGACUUCAAGUCGUGAUCUAUUGAUGAACUAUCAAGAGUUUUGGGAGCCAGAACCAGUUGUUUUCGGGGAUGGUCGAUCUGUGCAUGCUCUGGGGACUGGUGAAAUAUGCAUUACCAUACUGCUUGGUCCUAAAGAGAAAGACAAACGAAAAUCAACUAUGACUAAAGUUCUGUAUGUUCCCAUGUUAGCCGCAAAUUUGUUUAGUGAUCGUGCGGCAGCCAUGAAAGGAAAAGUGGUGCAAUUUAUACAUACACUAUGCUCGAUCAAGGACUCUCAAGGAAAAGGUGUAGUGAAAGGCCGUCUUGUUGGCAACAUGCAUUGUCUGGACUGCAGAGGAGGUCAGUUGCAGAAAGAUCAAAUGACAAGCUAA